AUGGCUGAAGACUACCCCGUUCAUCGCCGAAGUAUCUUCGAGAAUGUUCAGGCUUUUAUAUAUGACAUAAACCAUAAUCAAGCAGAGGUGGCGGCGUGCGUAGCGGCUUACCCUGACUCUGCGCCGCUGAUCUACAGUGUCCUUCCAACUGCGGAGCCUGGCAGCCUCCCCGCACCGCCAGCACAAACCUCAGGCCUUGACACAGUGGAUGCUACUGAUUCGUCCAGCUGCAUCGACGAACAAUCUUGUUCCGGAAAUCGACCCGCCAAAAGGAAAAGGCGUAACAGCCCUGACAACGCCUAUAAGCGCGCUGUAGCGAUUGCUAAUAGACUUCCCCAAGAACUAGGCUCGGCGCAUGUCUUGUCCGAACUACAGCGCGAUCUACAAUGUGAGAGGAUCCGAAACGAUCAUAAUGCACAGCAGCGACAGCGUGCAAACCCGGAACGGAGGUCGCACAGCGAAGAGAAGGCGGCCAAUCAUUCAGAGGAUUUAGAAGAUGAUUGCCACAACCUACAACCCAGCCCACGUUUUGAUACGGCCGUUGAGAGGUACCGGCGUAUACUAAUCGCACAACGCUAUCAGACUGCCCUACACAAUAAGGAAAAGCGCACAUGUUCGGUCGCCGAAGAAUUUGCUCAAAAGUAUUUACCGGAUACCGUUAAGGAAGGCUUGUCAAAAGAAAAAAUUGCAGGACAAAUGGAAGCCCAUCAUACACCAACAUCAGUUCUGGGAGCAGCUUGCGGCCUCUUGUGGUGGUGCUGGCGUGUUGCUUCUGCUACCCGCAGAGUUCCGGAACGAGCAGUAGGUUCGCCUAAGCCCAGCGACGACUACAAAGGCUCACAUUUGCAGCGCGCGACGGCUAAAAAUGUUUUACCAACGUGGCAGAUUCCUUUAGAGAAAUUGCCUAAAGCGGAUAUAGUGGCCUGGCGGCAAAGAGGACUACAGGAACUGGUCGGCCCUGCCGAUGCCGCGGCGCAUUUUGCCGUGGAUGGAGGAGACGCAGCAACGCUUCCAAGUACACAGCCGCUCAAUCCGCUUAUUGAUUCAAGCGUGCAUGUAAGCAUAACUGGGCGGCAAAUUGGAGGAGCUGAUUUUGUGCGAGAAGUUUUGGCUACGAAUGAUGCGACUUCAGACACCACAAGCAGCCAGCUAGGCCAGACUACGCGCUUCCCGUCCGCUACGCAGGAUGGCAUUCAUGCAGUGGGAAAAAUGCAUGAGGCGGUGGAGCUUAGUUCGCAGAGUAGCUUAGCUAGUAGCUUAGCAAAUUACGCUCUCGGCAAAACUGCCGUCCACGAAUACGGUCACUGGCUCGGCCUUGCUCAUACCUUUCAGGGCGGCUGUGAUGACGGGCUCGGUGACGCGGUUGAUAAUACACCUCCAGAGAAAUCGGCCAGCUCUUCUUACAAGCCUCGCGAUUCUUGUCCUCACAAGCCCGGCCUCGACCCCAUCAACAACUAUAUGGACUAUAGCCCGGACGAGUAUAUAUCAGGUCAAUAUGGUAACAUGGUCCGGGCUGUCCAACUAAGUGCAGCUGCUCUGCUUUGGCCACCGGAUAGCCCAUCAUGCUCUCGGCGCCCCGACAAGACCCGGGAGGGGUACAGGCUCCUAUACAUAGCUGUCUUUGUCAUGUAA